CGCCCGCCAGUUCGCGCCUUUCCAUGCGCCACAGACGAGAGCGCUCGGGCUGCAGGAGGCGUCCUUGGUGGUGGUGGUGGUGGGGCCUCCCUGUAGCGCCCCGCUUCCUCUUCAGCCGAGCAGCUCUGGAAGCCCCCGACCCGAGGGGCUGUGCGGAUCUCCGACGGCAGGAUGUGAACAGUUCAAUAAAUUCAAAAAAUAAUCUUAAAGAAAUUAUUAAAUUACUUGAUCACCGAAUCCAAGUUCUGCACCAAAAGAAUUUGAUGCAUGAACAUGAACCCUCAGAGAAACAGGACAGAUCAUUAACUGUACACUUGAAUGUGGUCAAAGGAUCCUCUGUAAAAGUGAAGGCAACUCCUAGUAGUCUAACAACACAAGAAAUCCCUUUUCCCAAUAGCUAUACAGUACUGAUUGGUUACAAGCUGCACAAGAUUUCCCCAAAUAUCCUUGUGGACACACCAGUGAGACCUAAUAAAGUGAAGGGUGCAGGAACCGAAGAAGAAAUAACUUUGCUUCCUGGCUUGAAACAGGACAAAAAUGCUGGUAAUAAUGAUGGCAAAUCAGUAAGAGCAACUAAUAUCACUGUAAGAUUCCUUUCCGCUGACAAUUCAAGCAGAACUGAGAUUGACAUUUACAAUUUAAAAGAUUCAAGAGAAGUCCCUGAAAUUCAUGUUGUAGCCAGCAACAUUAUGAACCAAGGCAUUAAAACUGAUACAGUAGUAUUAAAAGGCAAUGGUUUGCAAGUGGUAGUAAACAGUUCAGUGGAUAAUAAUGUGAAGCAUAUUCCUGAAAAAGGGAGAAGAACAGCCCUGAUAUUACCUGAUCAUGGAAAGACCACUGCAGAUGGCAGUAAAAGAGACCAUCCUUUCACAGCUUUCAAGCUAGUAAAAGCUGCCCACUUGGAAAAACCUGCAAGCCAGUCUCUGGUUUAUGAAGAUAUUAACCGAAAAGCAACAAGUGCACUCAAAGAUGAAGGUUCACAAAGCAUAAUGACAACAAAAACAGAAACUUCUGUAGAAGAACUAGAAAAUAUACUAACUGAUCUGAAGAUGGAAAGGGUGAAGCAAGAGACUCCAUCCACUAAUGAGAAAUUGCAGUCUUCAGUAAUGGAAGAUAUUCUUCAGGAUUUACAGGAACAUCUAGUUCGUAGGCCUUCCACCAGUGACAGCGAUGAACCAAUGCUGAUGGACAAUAUUUAUUCAUCAAACGAACUUGAAGACCCAGAAGAAGCAGGUUACAGUGAAGAGAACCACAACAUGAUGACAGCGCCUGUCCCAGAAGACGCGGAUUUUCUGCCGUUCACAGACGAACCACCACUCGAAGCAAUCUCUGUCCCAAAUUUGGUUACUGAAGUGACAAAUGAACAUAUGAAUAAUGCCCAAAGAUAUGAAUUCUUUGAGAAAUAUGAAGGUAUUCAGGGCAGGAAAAAAGCAAAAGCUGCAGACCUUAAAGACCUGCUAAAGCACAUCAUCAUAGCCUGUGUAGCUGUCACUGGUUUGAUCUUGACUGUAAUAGUUGUUGUGCACAUAUACACUUCAUUAUUUGUGAAGAAGGAGCAGGAACCUGAUAAAACAAAUUCUGACAAAAAAGGCGGACCUGACAAAAAUGAAGUCACAUCGGCCGAGAAAACCAGAAGCCAACAACCACAUUACAAUGUUGGCAUUGAGGGAGCACAAAACAAACAACCAUAUUACAAUGCUGGCGUUGGGGGGACACAAAACCAACAACUGGAAUAUGCUGUUAACAUUGUGGAAACAGGAAGCCAGCAGCUAGAAGACAGCGCUGUUGGAACUGACAAUCAAAACAACAACAACUUAAGUUCACCACCAGAAAUGUUUUCAUCAACAGAUUGUGAUUACAUCAAAAAGCCUUUAGAUCUCCAUCCUGUCAAAGCUAUGUUGUCCCCUAGCUCCCCACCAGAAGACACUGGCUUGCUUCUCCCGUUUGAACCUUCAAGGCACAGUGCCCAUAAUAGUUUGCCUUCGUACAACAGCAGCACAUGUAAGAACCUCAAAGUACAACCUAGAACUUUCAGAACCAAUCAUAGCUCUUAUAAACGUCCAGGAAAUUAUGGUAAAUCCAAAGAUCAUGACUAUAAAAGACUUCAAGCCAAAGAUACUGCUUGUUACAAAACCAAACCAAUCUACCAAAGACCAUCUAGGCAUAGACCCAAAUCCACAGAACCCGGAAGAGGACACAAAAAGGUUUCAGCUAAGCAACAUAGCUACAGCAGCUCAAGUUGGGUUGAAGAUCCUUCAUCAAAUGUUUCUGCUGCUUUAGACACUACCAAAAACUCCAAGGAGUCAAGACUGUCCCAAGAUGAUGACUCAGACUGUGCAUGUUUUCAGCAUAUCAAAGGUUCUUCUAGUACAGACUCAUAUUCGAAUUAGAGCAGCACAGAGAGGAGGGACUUAUUGUUCAGUAUGACUGCUGUCCGGAAGUGUGCAGUCCUAUAUUUUUACCAUGGUUAAUCAUGAUGGAACACUAUAGUAUCCUGGAGAACACAUGUUGCAAUCAUGCUAUUGAAUAAUAAAAAGUAGGUUUGGUGUUGGGUUACAGGAGUUGCUAAUCUGGCUUCUUGGAUUUGUCCAAUUAAAUUAUUUUCUGCUUGAAGUGUAAUAUGUGCUCACAUUCUUUAACAGGCACUAAUUCACAUUUGGGGGUGGGGAUAGAAAAAAAUAGAGCCCUGCGCUCUGCAAGAACAUGCAGUUCUUUGCAACAUGAGUGUCAAUGAGAAACUGCAACAGUAUUAAGUAUUUGGGGUCUUAAAACUCACUGGCACUAUUAAUGUUGAAACGAAGGAGAAAUGUAUUGCACACCCGAAUACUAAGGGACCAGGAAGCUAUUGCAGAGGGUUUAGCUUUUAGCUUUUUCCAUUUUCUAAAAAAUCCUUACUAGGAAACAACAACAAAAAACCCACACCCCAAGCACCUGGUAAGGGACAUUAUUUUACCACAGAAUCAGAAAUAGUACAAUAUACUCUUGGCUCCACAACCUAUGCAACUGAAGUACAGUAAUAACUUACAGAGCUUUCAGAAACAACUCUGUGACACUGGAGCCAACAAUCUCCAUCUCUGAGGCACAGUGCAAGUGUGUUUUAGUCCAGAGGGUGCUGUCCAUCCCCACCUCGGAGCCUGGCAGGAUGAAGGAGAAAAGGAAAUAUCUGUAGUAAGCUGGUCUCAGUUGUUUCAUAAUGUACACUUGACAUUCUGCAUGGGUAUCGAGACAAGCUAAAGAAAAAGCGGCCCUAUAAUUCAGUAAUAGUUUUAUUAAAUCAGGCACUUUGUCAGAAGAAACAGAAAAAAGUUUGAAAGAUAAUUGUGUUUAUUUUCUAAGCUUUUACCUGUGAAUAUAACAAAUGGAUAAUUGAGUGGUGAUAUAUAGUGACUUUUUUUUUUUACAAAAAUGUUUCCCCCUAACAUCUGGACAGCAAUAUAUAAAUAUUUACAAUGGAAAAAUAGGCAAGGAAAGAGAAAUAAGUAGUCUUCAUUAUCCAAAUUAAUUUCUAAUACAUCAGAUUUGAACACAAAAUACUUCAUUCACAUCUAUUCAAUAUUUACAUGUUUCAUUACUGGAGAUCACUGAGGUUUUAACUUCAUUUCUACUAUUUGUUGUGUUGGACUUCUGUUAUGUUUCUAAUAUUUGUUUCUGUAAAGCAGUUAAAAAAUUUCUGGAAAAAUAAAUCAGUUUUGAAAAUGUUGAAAACA